AUGCCCAUGUGCCCCAAGGACACAGCCCAGACCCUGUGCACGCCUGCCACAGACACCACUGGGACCCGUGCACCUGCAGUUGACACCUACAGGACCAGCUCUGUGGAGGAAGGCAAUGGCCAGGAAGACAACUGGCAGAACCUGUACAAAACGGAGGCAGAUAACCAGACUGAUCUCAGAACAGCUAACCAGGAUGACCUAAGAGUAUCUGGCCAGUCUGAACCCAACGUAUUUGGCCAAGCAGACCACAAAGUGUCCAAAUACAAUAGACCAUCCGGCCAUGCUGAGAGCGCUUCUAAACAGACUGACCGCACAUCGUCUGUCUCAUCUGAACGAAGAGCCUCUGAACAGACUGGCCACAGAAAGUCUGGCCAAUAUGAUCGAAGAAGUUCUGAACCGAUUGACCAUAUGAAGUCUGGCCAAGAUGACCGAAGGGUUUCUGCACCGAUUCAACCCAGAGAGUCUGGCCAAGAUGACCAAGCGGCUUAUGACCUGAUUGACAGCAGAAAGUCUGGUCUGGUUGAACAAAAAACUUAUCAACUGGGUGAACAUAGAUUGUCUGACCCAAUUAGCUACAAAUCAUCUGUAAAGACUCACCACAAAGCACCUGACCAAAUUACUGAACUAGCUGAAGACCAGGCAGCUGAAGACCAAGCUGGUGGCAGCAUUCAUCAACACCCUAGAGUUAUCAUGCCUCUCUAUCGUGAGUAUGAAAAGGUGGAAGAUGAAGAUGAAGACAUAGAUGACGACCAGCCUGACCUUGGAGAAAGUGAUGAGUAUGAUGACAAAAUACAUACCAGCAAGAAGGGCAAAGAAGUUGACUAUACAUUAGAUUCUAAACAAAAAGAUUUCAGAGAUUCCAAGGUUUCAGAUAUAAAUAAAUAUAAAAAUGAUGAAUUUAUGAAAGCAUUCAACGCAUUUGAUACCAAGGUCACCGGUAAUUUACAACCACAAAACCACAACUUUUCCCCAAGAUUCCCCUCCAUCUCAUCUAAAGUGAACUAUACCAUCGGUCAAGAAAAUGGUCAAAUCAUAGUAACCAAGCCUGAUAAUACUUCAGGAUACCAAGAAGGAAGGAGUUCUAUUCAAUACCAAAAGAAGCGAUUUCCUUCUCUCGUAUAUCAAGAUCCGUAUCAAAUUUCACUACAAUACAUGGAGAAACACCACAUUCUGCAAAUAUUCCAGCAGAUCACUGAAAACUUAGUUUAUGAAAAGCCAGAGGACCCCCUGAGUUUUAUGCUGAGCCAGACUCCGGGCUAA